UGGGCCCCGGCCCCGGGGGGCUCCCCUCACCAGGGGUCGCGCGGCAGGGCGCCUGCCACGCCCCUACCCUUCCUUGGGCGCCCCCUGUUCGCGGUGGCCCCCGGGGACAGAGCGCUCGCCCUGGAGCGAGCCCGGGGCACCGUGGUGUCCGCGCAGGGUGCUAUGCGCUCCGGCCGGCGGAGACGGAGCGAAGCGGAGCCGGAGAAGGCUGGACGCGGAGAAGGCGCGAGUCGGAGUCCCCGGGGAGUACCAAGGGACGCAGGGCAGCGGGAGCCCGGGACUCCGGAGCGCGAUCCGGACAAGGCCACCCGCUUCCGGAUGGAGGAGCUGCGACUGACCAGCACCACGUUCGCGCUGACCGGCGACUCGGCACACAACCAAGCCAUGGUCCACUGGUCGGGCCACAACAGCAGCGUGAUUCUCAUUUUGACCAAGCUCUAUGACUAUAACCUGGGGAGCAUCACCGAGAGCUCGCUUUGGAGGUCAACGGAUUAUGGGACCACCUACGAGAAGCUGAACGAUAAAGUUGGGUUGAAGACAAUUCUGAGCUAUUUGUACGUGUGUCCUACCAACAAAAGAAAGAUUAUGUUGCUCACAGAUCCGGAGAUUGAGAGCAGUUUAUUGAUCAGCUCAGAUGAAGGAGCGACCUAUCAGAAGUACCGGCUGAACUUCUACAUCCAGAGCUUGCUUUUCCACCCCAAGCAGGAGGACUGGAUUCUGGCCUACAGCCAAGACCAAAAGUUAUACAGCUCUGCCGAGUUUGGGAGAAGGUGGCAGCUUAUCCAGGAAGGGGUCGUACCGAACAGGUUUUACUGGUCGGUGAUGGGGUCGAACAAGGAACCAGACCUGGUGCAUCUUGAGGCCAGAACAGUGGACGGCCAUUCCCAAUACCUGAGUUGCCGAAUGCAGAACUGCACAGAGACCAACCGAAACAAACCCUUCCCGGGCUACAUUGACCCGGACUCUCUGAUUGUCCAGGAUGAUUACGUGUUUGUUCAGCUGACAUCAGGAGGACGGCCACACUACUACGUGUCCUACCGAAGGAAUGCGUUUGCCCAAAUGAAGCUGCCCAAGUAUGCAUUGCCCAAGGACAUGCACGUCAUCAGCACCGAUGAGAACCAAGUGUUCGCCGCGGUCCAAGAAUGGAACCAGAACGACACCUACAACCUCUACAUCUCGGACACACGUGGCGUCUACUUCACCCUGGCUUUGGAAAAUGUCCAGAGCAGCAGAGGCCCUGAGGGCAAUGUCAUGAUAGACCUUUAUGAGCCCUACUGCUCCCUACACCUUCACCUGAAGGUCUCUGAGAAUCCCUAUACCUCAGGGAUUAUUGCCAGUCGAGACACCGCUCCGAGCAUCAUAGUGGCUUCAGGUAACAUAGGCUCUGAGUUGUCAGACAGCGACAUCAGCAUGUUUGUCUCUUCAGAUGCUGGGAACACUUGGAGACAGAUAUUUGAAGAAGAGCACAGUGUUUUGUACCUGGAUCAAGGUGGAGUACUGGUUGCUAUGAAACAUACAUCACUCCCGAUUCGACAUCUCUGGUUGAGUUUUGAUGAAGGGAGAUCUUGGAGCAAAUACAGUUUCACUCCUAUUCCACUCUUUGUGGAUGGGGUUCUGGGUGAGCCUGGGGAAGAGACUCUCAUUAUGACGGUGUUUGGACACUUCAGUCAUCGUUCGGAAUGGCAGCUGGUCAAAGUGGACUACAAGUCCAUUUUUGAUAGGCGGUGUGCCGAGGAGGACUACAGAGCCUGGCAGCUGCACAGCCAGGGGGAGGCAUGCAUCAUGGGAGCAAAAAGGAUAUAUAAGAAGAGAAAAUCAGAGCGGAAAUGUAUGCAAGGAAAAUAUGCAGGUGCUAUGGACUCCGAGCCCUGUGUCUGCACCGAAGCCGAUUUUGACUGCGACUAUGGGUAUGAGCGACACAGCAAUGGGCAGUGCCUGCCGGCCUUUUGGUUCAAUCCAUCCUCUUUGUCAAAGGAUUGCAGCUUGGGGCAGAGCUACCUCAACAGUACUGGGUAUAGGAAGGUGGUUUCCAAUAACUGCACGGAUGGAGUAAGGGAACAGUACACCGCCAAACCCCAGAAGUGUCCUGGGAAGGCUCCACGGGGACUCCGCAUUGUCACUUCCGAUGGAAAGCUAACUGCUGAGCAAGGACACAAUGUGACUCUCAUGGUGCAACUGGAGGAGGGUGAUGUCCAGAGGACACUCAUCCAAGUGGACUUUGGUGAUGGCAUCACGGUGUCUUACGUCAACCUCAGCUCCAUGGAAGAUGGGAUCAAGCACGUCUAUCAGAACGUGGGCAUUUUCCGAGUGACCGUGCAAGUGGACAACAGUCUGGGGUCUGACAGCGCCGUCCUGUACUUACAUGUAACUUGUCCCUUGGAACACGUGCACCUGUCUCUUCCCUUCGUCACCACAAAGAACAAAGAGGUCAACGCAACUGCAGUGCUGUGGCCCAGCCAAGUGGGCACCCUCACUUAUGUGUGGUGGAAAGGAAACAAUACGGAGCCCUUGAUCACCUUGGAAGGAAGCAUAUCAGUUAAGUUUCUUUCUGAAGGGAUGAACACCAUCACAGUGCAGGUAUCCGCUGGGAAUGCCAUCCUGCAGGACACCAAGACCAUUGCGGUGUAUGAGGAAUUCCAGUCCCUGCGACUCUCCUUUUCUCCAAACCUGGACGACUACAACCCAGACAUCCCUGAGUGGAGGCGGGACAUCAGCCGAGUCAUCAAGAAAGCUCUGGUGGAAGCCACAGGAGUCCCAGGCCAGCACAUCUUGGUGGCAGUGCUUCCCGGGCUGCCCACUGCUGCCGAGCUCUUUGUCUUACCCUCUCAAGACCCGGCGGGAGAGGGCAAAAGCUCAGCUGAGCAUCUGGAGCAGAUAUCAGAACUACUGAUCCACAAGCUCAACCAAAACGCCGUGCACUUCGAACUGAAGCCCGGGGUCCAAGUCCUCGUCCAUGCAGCUCACUUAACAGCAGCCCCUCUGGUGGACCUCACCCCAACCCACAGUGGAUCAGCCAUGCUGAUGCUGCUCUCAGUGGUGUUUGUGGGGCUGGCCGUGUUCGUCAUCUACAAGUUCAAAAGGAAGAUCCCGGGCAUUAAUGUGUAUGCCCAGAUGCAGAAUGAGAAAGAACAAGAGAUGACCAGUCCCGUCAGUCACCCUGAAAGCAGGCCCAAUAGCCCUCAGAGUGAACUAAGGCGGCCUGGCCAGCUCUUAGAUGAGAAGGUGGAAGCCCGGCUCCUAGGAAGUAUUUCCAUAGUUGCUGAGAAUCAAAGCACAAACGAAAUCCCUACCUAUGUAAAUGUUUGAAUGGAGGACGCCAGUAAAAACAAAGCAAACACAAUAAAAUAAAAUAAAAACAAAAUCCAAAACCAAACAAGCAAACA